CUCAAGUCUCGAUCUCUCGAUAAAAAAAUGCACAAAAUGGAAGAAGAUCUAUACUUCAGCCCCAGUUUCAACAGUAGCUACUCAUCCCAUUUAUUUGUCAAAAUCACCGGAGAACCCCCAGAUGAUUUUGAGCCGGAAAGUUCUAAUCAUAAGCCUGCCGAAUCUGUCGCCGCGGAGUUCGAUAAAGAGGAGGAUGAGGAAGGCAGUGAUGAUUUUGAGUUCUCUUUGGUUCCCGAGCAUUUCAAUGCCUUUUCAGGUGACUUCGUCUACGGCGGUCAAAUUGGCUCGGCUUUUCCCGUCUUCAACCAAGAUCUGUUGUUAGAUGAAGGUUUUCUGGUGCGAAAUCGAGGACAGGAAGGUAAGGAAUUUCGCAUUCCAAAUGAAGUUGAUAGGCCGGUACGGAUUCCGUUGCGGAAUUUGUUCUUAGGAGAGAGGGAAGAAGACGCUAUUCGAGCGCAGUCCUCGUCGUCGUCUGAAGCCGAUGAUGAGCUGGAGAGCGUGCCGCCGGGAACGUACUGCGUGUGGCGUCCGAGGAAGAUCGAGACGUUUCCGAGUGUCUGCGAGAAGAGCAGUUCUACCGGAUCGGUGUCAAAGCGAGGGAAGCUUCGAAAGUUGUUGCGCCGUAUUAACAGUGACGGAAAUGAACGUUACGUGUUUCUGACUCCGAAAGGGACCGAAAAGUCCAAGCAGCCUGGCGUUGUGCCGGAGUUCACCGGGAAAACAGAGGCGAGGAAGAUUAAAGGCGGCGCAGCGGCAGCUCCAAUGGCGGCUCACGAGGCGUUUUAUUUGCGGAGUAAAGCGGCCAAGGAAGGCGAGAAACGGAAAUCGUAUUUACCGUACCGACGAGAAUUAGUGGGCUUCUUCGCUAACGCCAACCCAGCCGGAUUCGGGAAGACUUCUCGUUCCAAUUAAAACAUUAUUAUUAUUAUUACCAUCAAAUUCAGAUCUCACGAUCUUCUUUUUGUUUCUUUAUUUCGGGAGACAUAAUGUUACAUUAUUGUACAGUUAUUUCACCUUUUCUUUUACUUUGACUUCAUCUAUCCCUAUUUAAUUGUGAUUGUUUUGUUUUCAAGUUGGCCAGCACUAAAGUUUAAAUGCUACUACGUGAAUACUGG